AUGUCUAUUCCGUUCACAGCAGGCGGUGUCCCAAGGUCCCUUUUCUGCCGUGAUGCCGCGAUCGACCUUCGACUGUUAUUUAUCAUUGUCCUCCCCUCCCUCACGUCUUUUAUCAGCAAAAUGGCGUCGACAUCGGCUAGCUCGAGACCCGGAAAGGUCGACCUCUCUCAAAAGUUAUCAGAGUUGCGGUCAAGCACGAAUCGCCGAUCCCAUGCCGCAUCUGCCCGAGAUCCGAAUCCAACAACCCCUCCUUUGCCUGCGCCGCCAGACCUCUCCACCCACCAAUAUUCCCGCCCUGUUCGCCGUAUCCUAUCACCGAAAGACCACGAAUUGUUCUCAUCUUCGCCCACCUACAAUAUCAUCUUGGCAUUCAUCUUUGGCCUCUCCGAUUCAGUACGGGGUCGGGCUAUCACUGACCUGAAGGGCCCCUUGGCUGACGCCAUCUCGAAAAUUACCCAAAUAGUGGGGCAGAUACGGUCAUUGCUGGAGAAAUGUCCGCCAGAGGACCAGGGUGGGUCGCGGUUCGGUAAUCCUGCAUUUCGCGCAUUGUUCGAUGAGGUCGCCACGCAGAGCACGUCCUGGCAUCGGCAAAUCCUCGGUCUCACAGACGCCGCCGCCAUCGAUGAGGCAUCGACAUACCUAGUCAACUCGCUCGGUUCUCGAGACCGUAUUGACUAUGGAUCCGGCCACGAGUUGAACUUUAUGAUGUGGUUGCUAUCGCUCUACCAGCUAGGAAAGCUUCCGGCGAGCGAGUUUCCGGCCGUAGUGUUCAAGGUGUAUCUGGAAUACUUGCAUCUCAUGCGUGAUGUCCAGUCAACUUAUUACCUGGAGCCUGCCGGUUCCCACGGAGUCUGGGGUCUGGACGACUAUCACUUCCUGCCAUUUCUGUUCGGUGCCAGCCAGCUGGUAGACCACCCCUACGUGACGCCGUUGGGAAUUCACAACACUGCCAUGUUGGACGAGGAAGGUGACAAGUACAUCUACCUCGAUCAAGUGCGUUGGGUGGACAGCGUAAAGACGGUCAAGGGUCUCCGCUGGCACAGUCCCAUGCUCGAUGAUAUUUCGGGCGCCAAAAACUGGUUCAAGGUCGAAAGUGGCAUGAAGAAGAUGUUUGUCAAAGAGGUCCUUGGAAAGCUGCCUAUCAUGCAGCAUUUCCUUUUCGGUAGCCUCCUGCCUGCUGCUGAGGGUAUGAGCGAGCUCUCUGAAGGAGAUACGGGCGAGGAGCACGAACAUGAUCAUGCGCACGACCACCCCCACGGAUACGCCGCACAUACCGAUUACUUUGGUGACUGCUGUGGUAUCAAGGUACCCAGCACGGUUGCCGCGGGCGCAGAAAUGCGCAAGCGGAUGGGUGGAUCGGGACUUCGUCCGAUCCCCUUCGAUUAG